AAUACUCUUAAUAUGGUUCAUCCAAAGCUUACAUUGAUACUAUUUUUUAAUGUUUUUGUACACUGAAUUCGCAUAAUCUGGUGUGGGUAGUGGUGGCAAAGGUAAAGGCAGGCACAAGCAUGUCCAACUUCAAGGUAACACUAAACUCAAAACUAACGGUUGUAUCAAGCAGACCCGUUAGUUCGGGUAAGAGCCAUAUUCUAUCAGCGUUGGACCAUUCCUUGGGUUAUCAUUCUCUUCACAUCAUAUUCUACUACGAGAACGAGGACAACUUGUUUGAGUCAUUUGAUUUGGACCCUUUGAGGGAAUCUUUGUCUGAGGUUCUUACUUUGUACCCGACCGUCACGGGUCGGUUGGCACGAGUGCUGAAUCAUGACUUUGAAUUUAAGUGCAAUGAUGCUGGCGUUCGAGUCAUUAAGGCCACCGUUGAUACCACCCUUCGUCAAUGGCUCUCUUCUGCUUCUGGAUCCCAAGAGAAACUUCUAAUUGCUUGGGAUGAUAUGCCUCAUGAUCCUGAAACUUGGUCGCCCUUUCGAAUUCAGAUAAACAGCUUCGAAGGAGGGGGUGUUGCAAUAGGACUGAGUUGUAGUCACAUGGUAGCUGAUCUGACUUGUGCAGCAUCAUUCUUCAAAUCAUGGACGGAAGCUCACAGCCACAUACCCAUCACACACCCUCCUUCAUUCACUCCACUCCCAAAUCACCCGAAUGCACACUCUCUCCCUCCCUAUGCACCCACCUCAUCCCCCAUAACAAGAACCAUGGCCACAGCCACUUUCAAGUUUUCCGAUUCAAUCAUCAAGCAAUGUCUCUCCAAAGUCAACGACACGUGUCCCAAUGCCACCCCAUUUGACUUCCUCUCCGCUCUGUUUUGGACUCGAAUUGCUCGCUUGAAGCCUCCAAAAAGUCACGACAAAACCCACUCUCUAUCAAUCUGCACCGACUUCAGGAAUCUCCUAAAAGCAUCACUCCCAACUGGGUAUUUCGGCAACGCCUUGCAUUUUUCAAUGCUUACACACAAUGUGGACGAACCCAUGGAAAGUGCCCACUUAGGAGGCAUAGUUAGUCUAGUGCAUAAGCACUUGGAAGGGCUUAGAGAGGAAGAAAUCUGGUCAAACGUAGAAUGGUUAAAGUCACAAGAGUUGAGAUCAACAAAUUGCAUGUAUGGACCUGAAUUAACUUGUGUUUGCAUGGAGCAUUUGAUGAGUGAGAAAGAUCAUGAUCAAUCGUUGCUAUAUGCAGCAAUGUUUAACAAUAAAGAGAGGCCAGCUCAUGUUUCGUGUCGCGUGGGGAAUGUGGAAGGUGAAGGUUUGAUCAUGGUGAUGCCUUCCUCAGAGGGAGGGCUUGCAAGAACGGUGAUGGUGAUGGUAGCAGAGGAAGAACUUGCUGAGCUGAGAAAGGAUGAAGCUAUAUUGCAGCUGGAGCCAACAAUCUUUCUUGCAGAUUGUGUGGUGGAUAAUUGAUUUUGCGUUGACUUGAUGGAGAAAUUAAUGUUUGGACUACUUGUCUCUAUAUAUGUGGAUUGUGGCUAGGAUUUGAUGAAGUUUGUACCUUGACCUAAUGGAAACGGACAAGGAUAAUAAAGGCGCAUGCUAAUUUGCAAGUUUAUGUGAUUGGAUAGAACAAGAUCAAAUUUGUGUGACAUGAGAUCAUGUGUGGCUAUGUGGGUACUCUUUGAGUGCCCUCUGUGAGUGAAUUGUUUGUGUGCAAUUUCGUUUAUUUAUUCAUUUUUUUCG